CUGUCGGACGCGUUCGACGCCACGAAGUGGGCCUUGCCAGACGCUCCCUUAACGUUCGACGACGUGCCGUGGCCAGUGUUGCAUCCCCCAGGCCGAUUUACUGUGGAGGACCUAGAUUGGUCUACGGUCGAGGAAUUCUUCACCGCCGUGCGUCCACAUAUCCGUCCGCAGGAAUGGAAGUCAUUCGUCGAGAAAAGUCAGCGCCGGUUCCAUCCCGAUCGUUGGAGAGCUAGG